AUGAGCUCGAGGAAUUUUAAACGCUUGGGCGGGAUGUCGCGCGGCGGCAGCGGCGCCGGUAAAACGGCGACCGCAAAACGCGUGCCGCCUCCAGCCGUCCCAGGUGAUGCGUUUGGCACUCCACAGCACCGGCAUUCCGGCUCCAGCUUCGGUUCACAAGGGUACGCCUCGUGCGAAGAACAGCCGUAUCCUCAGCCACCAGAUACGCCUUCACAUACUAGAGAUGACCACUCAGACUAUGGCAGCACGGUAUCCGGCGUAUCAGGAGUGUCGGGUGCGAGCGGCAGCCUCGGCAAGAGUCCGGCAGGUGGCGGCACAUUCACCUUUCCACCGCCCGCACAGCCCCUCACUCACAAAGCAGCCGUGUACUACCAUCACCAGCUAGCCCUCUCAGAUGAUCAGGGGAUUGAUAUGACACAGAGUCCUGGUCGGGACAGUCCCGGCUCAUCAUCAGGCUCAGCUGGUUCGGGGUCGCGGCAUUCGUCCGCGUCACUUGACAGCGGGCGGGCGUCGGGUCGUAUGCCACAUCACCACCAUGCCACUUGCCACUGCGGCGACCUCGCUGACAGAGUCCGAGCGAUGAUCGCUCAGGGUCUUCCUGAUACGGACAUAAUCCAUGCAUGCCUAGCAGAAAUACAGAUGGAAGAAUACGCGAGACUGUUCAUAGAAGCCGGAUAUGAUCUGCCAACGGUGACCAGAAUGACGCCAGAAGACCUCACGGCCGUUGGUAUUAAGAAGCCAAACCAUCGCAAGAGAUUAAAAGCCGAACUGGCUAACUUAAAUGUACCGGAUAACCUUCCUGAUUAUAUACCGGGUUCUCUAGAAGAAUGGUUACGGCUCCUCAGACUCGAAGAAUAUGGACCAGCGUUAGUAGCUCAAGGGUACCGCACUGUACACGACGUUACGCAACUGGCCUGGGAGGAUUUAGAAGACAUGGGCAUAGUCCGUCUUGGUCAUCAAAAGAAAAUACUUCUUGCAAUCAAACGAGUGAAGGACAUAAGAGCGGGAAAGAGGAGCAUCAGUAACCAGGGUUCGCUGGACUUUACGAGAAUACAACCCGGCCAGGAUUUAUAUCCGAGGGAGCUACAUUACCAGCCUUGGGAGAGACACGCGAGAAGUUACCAUAAACCUCCCGACCUAAACUUUGACGCCCUACCACCGCCCCUAUGUGGCACUGAUUUGGUCCCCAUUCAGAUACGUCAUCCGCGCGGGAAAUCGCUGGAGAGCCUCGAGGAUCCGUCGGAGAGAACGUCGCACACGACCUUCUCGGGCGAGAGCGGAUUCUACUACGGCGGCGGGCAGUGGCGGCGCUCGUACGACGACGGCGACAUCACGCCCACCAACGACGGCGCGUACGAGGGCGGCGGCACGCUGCCGCGGCCGCGCGGGCUCGUGCGGCCUCGGCCCGUGGCCAAGAUCGCGGCCACGCCGGCCUACCGCGACAAGUCGCCCGACUACACGUACGACGAGUUGGCCUACUCGGCGCGCCUACAGCGCGUGGCGUACGGCGCCAGCCCGCACGUGGCGCGCAAGCCGCCGCCCGAGCCGCCCAAGCGCCAGAGCUCGCAGUACGCGCCCUUCUCGCGCUUCGGCCAGACCACGGUGGAGAUCCACCCCGAGAAGAGCCUCCCUCUCAGCCUGCCGGCCUACCCCAGCUCGGACUCGUUGUCGGUAUCGCUCGAUAGCACGGGGCUGUUGCCGCCUCCGCCUGCACCCUCCUCUCCUCCUAGACGGUACGAUGAUGAUAAACUUCGUACGGGCUCCGAUGCCAGUUUUAAGUCGAGUUCCAGCACAGAGUCAGACAGCAUUCCCUUCGCGAACGAAAACGCUGGGACCAUCAAACAGAACCGAGGCCAGAUCGGCGGACGCCCGCACACCGUGGACUACGGGCGAGCGAGCAUGGGCCUGGCCAACCUCCCGCCGAGGCCCACGGACAUGAAGACUACCACACCGCAUUCGCUCCCCGAACAUAAAGAUGAGAAAAGCACAGAACCGGUCGACGUUCUCAACGACAUAGGAAACAUGCUUGCCAACUUAACGGACGAACUCGACGCCAUGUUAGAAGAAGAAAAGCGUCAAGGUCUCACAGAUUCCUAA